AAGGCAACCACUAUGGACGGAAAUUCCCCAUGCACCAUUGCCCUCGACUAUUUAGAACAUAGUGAGGUGAAGCCGAUCAGCGAAUGCCUUCCUUCUGGUAGUGCUUCUUUUUAUGUCCCUGCGCGAAAGAUCAGAGCGCUGUUUGAAGACAAGCCCCAUGAUUUGACAGCAGAACUACUGUUUCUCUGUCCCUGCAUGCGAUGCAUAAAAGAUGGCGGAGCGGUGCAGUAUCGCUCAGACUGCUUUAACAAGCUUAGGCAGCAGGAGCUAACGGGGGAGUAUGCCCAUAUCUACGCACUACUUAUCUAUGUCCGCCGCCCAGGUCUCAUUCAAAAGUUCCAGAAGUACGAAAUAAAGCUAGAAGGAACGAGAUAUCUUUGCGAUGCUGAUUUUGACAAUCUUCGUCACGAGGGGAUACCUGACCUAGACUUGGUACAGAGAAAAACACUGCAGAACCAGUACAGCUUUUUGGUACGAACACUCCGUCCCGCAUCAGAUAUUGUAUCGAUCUCGGCAAAAGAGCUACUGCCGAUUAGAGAAGAUGCGGAGCUCAAAGGGGAAGGAACAUUUGCAGAAGUCAGAUGCUUCGAGUUCCAAGAUGACGAAUAUCGUUCACGAGAGUUUGGAGAACAUAUCAAAAGGUUUGCUCGCAAAAUCUUCAAGCAUGGCAUGCACAAGUCUGCAGCAAGAGAAUGGUACAAUCUUCAGAGGCUUUCGAAAGAAGAAGACCACCCACACCUUAUGUUGGCUUUGGGAGCGUAUUGGCAUGGCAGCCACUUCUUCAUUCUACAGGAAGAAGCGGAACAAUCACUUCACGAUUACCUCAAAGGUCCAGGGGACAGAUUCGAGUCCCAAGAGCUCUGGACGCAGAUGCAGGGCGUUGCUGAAGGACUGAGCACUCUCCACACGCGUUUCGAAAACACCAAGAUCGCCUAUCAUCAGGACUUGAAACCCGCAAAUAUCCUUGUAGUGAAAAAGAAGUUGAAGAUUGCAGAUUUUGGUCUGCUGGAAUUUAAGCCUGUAACAUUGCCUGGCGAUACUGACCUGACCGGCAUUCUGAACGAUCACAAUACUGGUUUUUACGCCGCCCCUCGCAAAACCAAAUACACUCGAGCCUGCGAUAUAUGGUCACUAGGAUGUAUAAUGUCUGAAGUUGCGACUUUUGACAUCCAAGGCUGGGGAGGAGUCAGCGACUACAAGAAAGCUCGCAUGGCCGAUGGAUCAUUGGGCCAAGACACUCCACGCUUCUUCAAUGGAAACAAAGUGAAGAAUGCGGUCUUGUAUAUGCAUACACAGCUGCACGAUUAUGUUCAGUCUGCAAUGCAUACUGACAGCGACUCGGCAGCGCAUUUCCGGAAACGCUUUUACAAAAAAGAGUUUUUCGCACUGUUGAACAGAAUGUUUAGGCGGAGUUGUAUUUCCGCUGAUCUGCUGGACGUUUCAGGUGAAGAAAUAACCAUCGAUGCAGCGCAAGUUGCCAAAACGCUCGAGGAGUUACGCAAAGAAGCUUUGCCGACGACUGUGCUACACAACGAGGCCAGGAACUCUGGCCUGGAGCAAUACCUGCAGGACGCGGAGUCGUUGGGCUUUUCGAUGGAAGCACACCUUACAGAUUUCAGGAAAACAUUGAACAGGAGGAACCGAGAAAAGUUUCCUACUACGACUAUGACUUCCCUUAUGCAAUACAUCUUCAACUUACAGCAAACGCAGCACGCAGAACGUCGCCAACAAGGCCUUUCCCGUCUGGGCCCAUUCAUCGAGAGGUUUGGCGAGUUCAACGAACUUAUUGCGAACGUUCCUAGCGCUGAAGAAAUCAUGGGAUUCAUCUGGGGCCCCGUAAGGUUCUUGCUUGAGACGACGAAUACCUGCACUGACGCUUUUAACGACCUUCUCGACAUUUAUGGACAGAUUGGAAGAGCUCAGGCCUCCUUGCCCUUGUACAAAGAGAUGUUGCAGAGUGUGCCAGAUAUGACUAAGGCUCUAAUAGCGGCGUACAGCGAUACCAUCCAGGUCAAUCAAUUGCUCGUGGUAUACUUCCAACAGCGCCUCUGGACAGAGCUUUUCCCCACGACAUGGAAACGACACAGAUCUCGACUGACGGGUAUUAUGUCUCGCAUGACGUCCCGUCUCAAGCUUGUUGGUAGCCGGGCAAGCUUGAAUCAAUUUGACUCAUUCAUGAAUGCUUCGGCUCUUGAAGCAGAGACUUCAGUCGACAAGAUAUAUAGCGAGAAUCUGGGCCGCAAACAAGCCGUAUACGCAUGGGUCAGACCUACCGACAUGGAAAACGAUCAAGAAUAUCUGAGGCGGAUUCGUGUUGCAUAUCCAGGUACCUGCAGCUGGUUACUAGAUGAGACGACCUUUCAAGAGUGGUUCGAUCCACAGUCUAACGUAGUGACUGUUCCGAAGUUGUUGUGGUUGAACGGCAAGCCUGGUUCUGGGAAGACAUUCCUUGCAUCCUUGGUUGUAGAAGAAGCGAGAAAGCUUGAAUCAAGUCCCACCGUCUUGUUUUUCUACUUCAAGCAAGAGGAUAGCGAUCGAAAUAACUUCCUUUCCAUGGCUCGUACUCUGCUUUCACAAAUUCUCGAACAAAACCCUCACACUCUUGACUAUUUCUAUGACAAGUGCUGUAGUAGUGGAGCCGCUGUGAUCAGUUCUCAGCCCCUAGUUGAAGAGUUGUUGAAGUUCGCGCUACGCAAUUGCGAGUCUGCAUACGUCGUGCUUGACGGUUUAGAUGAGUGCUGCACAAGGAAAGAAAGAGGGGAGAUCGCGAAGUGGUUUCGAGACCUAAUCGAGGAAGGUCCGCCAGAAAUUCGCGAUGGACUUCAUUGUAUGUUCAUCAGCCAACACGACAGCGCCAGAAAGGACUAUCGCGAUCUUCCUAGUAUCACGGCAGAUGCCUACAAUAAUGAAGAAGAUAUUGAGACUUUCUGCAAGAUACAAGCUGGAAAGCUCGUUACAAAACUCGCCAUCACUGAGGAUUACGCACACGAGAUUGCCGAACGCGUUUCUGCAGCAGCUGAAGGAGUCUUCCUUUUUGCCCAUCUUGUUUGGAUCAAUCUUUGCGGUCAGAGCUCCAUACAUAGCUUAGAAAGCGAGAUGGAGACUUUCGCAACUGAUUUGGACAAGCUGGAUAAGGCUUAUGCUCGGAUUAUAAAGACCAUUGUAGACAAGCCUGUUACCGCCCAACGUGACGAGGCUUUGCUGCUCCUUGGUUGGCUUGUCUGUGCAAAACGACCGUUGAAGAUGCACGAAGUACAAACGCUGAGGUCGGCCGACUUUGACAAAAGAACUGUUGAAUUUGAACGGCGAAGAUUUCGCAUCCAUAUCAAGGAACUAUGUGAAUCGCUGGUCGACGUCCGCGAUGAUGGCAGUAUCGAGCUGGUUCAUAUGACUGCAAGAACGUAUCUAGCAAAAAGCCACUUUCUCGACAUGGUCACUGAAGAGCGCCAGAUGGCAAUGCUCUGCAUUGACUACUUGAACCUACCAUCGUUUCAAAAUCCGUCAGAAGAGCAGGUUCUGGCAGGGGAAUAUGGUUUUAUGGAGUAUUCCAUCCUGUAUUGGCUCCGGCACUUGGAGGCAGGCAUGAGCUCAGCUCCACCCGAUCAGGAUAAUAUCUAUCAGAGCCUCAAAGAGUCUCUUGAUAUACUGAUUGAGCAAUACUGGAACGAGCCAACUGCCAGCAUUGCAUCAAUCUCCAAGUUCACCUCCAAACGGACUCGGGAUGUUCUGAAGCAUUUCAGUCAUCACCAAAACUUUCCAAAGAUCCACCUCGCCCUUGUUUUGACUGAUAAAGAACUGAAGCAUUUCGGGGACGUGCUCCCCGAAUACUCUGCUCUGAGAAUCGCGAGCAUUGUAAAAGCCGUUCGUCGUUGUAUCGAGACAUAUGUUCUUCGCAGCUCGAACCCAGACGUGACUGAAGCGCUAAGGAAUAUGUACGGCAGUAAUCUAUUCAAGUGCCCGAGGUUCAGCUGCAGGUACUUCACCGAUGGAUUCUCAACACUGGAAGAGCGUGAGAAACAUGUCGAACGACACGAGCGUCCAGCUCGUUGUACCGAUGAACAUUGCAGAGGCUCUCAGAUCGGGUUUGCGACGCAAGCACAACUAGAUCGACAUCUCAGGGAGAAUCAUCCGGACACGACGGAACGCCACCACAAUUUUCCGACAGACGAGGAGAUUUUUGACAGUAUGCGAGAAGUUUCACCAGAACCCGAAGAUGCGAUUGAGGACGAACCUCAGUUUGUUCAGCAGUCGGAACGACCGUUCGCAGUUCCGGACCCAGGAGAUACUUUCAUGUCAGAACAGGCAGAGCCCCAGCCAAAACAGCUCAGUGAGGUCGCUAAGCGCCAGCGAAAGAAGCGGAACUAUCAAUGUGCACAUUGCGACAAAAACUUCACCAAAAAGUAUAACUGGGAAUCUCAUCUUAGAACCCACGACGAAAACCGAAGAUUAGAAUGUCAAUUUUGCGAUAAAUCGUGCGCCAGAUUUAGCGAUCUCGUCCGGCAUAUGAGGCUUCACGAUUCAAAUACCGCAGUCACAUGCGGUGGCGUACUUCCAGAUGGCCGAAGGUGGGGAUGCGGAACCAAUUUCGCAAGAAUCGAUAUUCUUCGUACACAUCACAAAUCCAAAAAGGGCAGGCAAUGCGUUGCAGAAAGAGACAGCGAAGAGCAAUCCGUAGCUUCAGCUGCAUGAUUUAGUUCACAGAUUAAGUAGAAGCACAUCGCGAUGCAACGUAGGGAGGUUGUACUAGGCUUGAGCGUUCGCCGCAAGACUCUUAAGGAUAAUAUGAGUUUAGCAAAUCAUGACUGC